CAGACAUAUAGCCCUUCCUCAGAGGAUGUCAAGAAAGGCUUGAGAGUAAAGAUGAGUUUUAAGUCUUGACUUAAAAGAGUCGAUGGAGGGGGCAGUUCUGAUGGGAAGAGGGAUGCUGUUCCACAGGUAGAACAUUGGCUGCAAGGAAGGAAGCAAAGAGUGAUGGUGGAAGGUUGUUUUUCCAGACUGGAGGCCUGUGAUUAGUCGUGUAUCUCGAUGAUCGGUGUUGUGCCAAUUGCUGUUUGUGGAUUAUAUCAACAAUUUGGAUGAGAAUGUACAAGGCAUGAUUUGCAAGUUUGCAGAUGACACAAAGGUAGGUGGUAUUGUAAAUGGUGAAGCUGGUUAUCAAAAAUCAUUGCAGGAUCUUGAUCAAAUGGGCAAGUGGGCUGAUGGAAUGGAAUUUAAUGCAGAUAGGUGUGAGAUGUUGCAUUCUUGGGAAGUCAAUCCAAGGCAGGACCUUCACAGUGAAUGAUGGGGCCCUGUGCAGCAUGGUGGAGCAGAAGGAUCAAGGAGUGCAGGUACAUAGUUCCUUGAAAGUGGAGUUACAGGUAGAUAGGAUGGACAAGAAGGAUUUUGCCACAAUGGCCUUCAUCAUCCAGGGUAUUGAGUAUAGAAGUUGGGAUGUUGUGUUACAGUUGUAUGAGAUGUUGGUGAGGCCACAUUUGGAGUCUUGUGUUCAGUUUUGGUUACCCUGCAACCGGAAAGAUGUUGUUAAGCUGGAGAGAGUGCAGAGAAGAUUUAUAAGGAUGUUACCAGGAUAUUAUUCCUUGGAGAGCAGGAGAAUGAAGGGUGAUCAAGAUUCGAGAGAUUCAAGAUUCGAAAGACAUAUAUUGUCACAUGCACCAAUUGGUGCAGUGAAAUCUAGGGUCACCAUACAGCCAUACGAAUAAAAAAGAACAAAAACAUGAUAGUCUUUAACAUAAAUAUAAACAUUAACAUAGACAUCCCCUGCACAGCAGAAUUAGCUUCCCACUGUGAGUGAAGGCCCAGUUCAGUCCUCCUCCUCUUUGAUGUUCUUUGAUGUACAUUGUGGUCGGGGCCUCCCGAGACCUCCUCAGUCGCCGCUACAGGUGGCCUGAUGCGCAGGCGCUCUCGCCGGGAUGAUGGAACUCCGACGUCAGAAUGGGAGAACAACCUCGACGGCUUGGACAUCCGGAUCGGCCACUUCCUACCGGAGACCGCGGCUCACGAAUUCCACAGGCCCUCGGUGGCGGAGUUCGGCAAAGGGCCCCAGGGCACCGCGAUGUUGAAGUCAGCGUUGCCCGCGCUGGAAGCUCUAGAAACCACAGCUCCACGAUGUUGUUGCAGCAGGCCUGGCACUCCAGAGCUUCAAACGGCAAUCCAGCUAUUUCUUUCCGGUACAAUGGGUUCUCAGUCUUCUAUUUCAUCUUUCUCCUUCUAUUGCCGUUAUUCGCUGAGCCAACAACCGUCACAAUGCAAGGCCACACUGGAUGUCUUCUCAAAACCUUGUGUCUCACCAGCUUCACCCUCCUGCUGCUUCAGAUCGGAUUUCAAGCAAUGGUCCAUUAUGUACAGUACAAUGGGACGGCGUGGGAGAGCGCCCUCUGGCAGACAGGAAUAGUCAGGUUGAGUGCAGCUGGUGUUGGAAAUGGGAUUCGCCUGGUGAUCCCAGAUAUUGGGAUGUUGAUUGGGAGCUUGGCUGCUUUUAUCAUGUGUCGGAAAUUGGUGAUCGUCCCCAGGACAGACAAUGGAGUCCAAGAUCAUGUCAAGGACGUGGGUCAGAGUGGGCCUGAGGAAGAAGUGGAAGGCACAGAAUCCGAAGAAGAAACGAGCUCGGAGUCAGAUUCUGCGGAGUACGAGGAAGAGGAAGAGGAGGAAACAUUGACUGAAGACAAAGCGGGCAACAAGCAAAGAUUGGCCUGGAGGCUAACAUUAUUAAUGAUGGGGAUUAAGGAGAUGAUUGGAGACCUGAUCAUUACCGCAGGGAAAGCUAUUGUUACCAUUCUACUGUGUUUUGCAGGUAUUGUACACCCAUCGCUCAUCUCUGCUGUCUACUUCUUCACCUUCCUGGGGCUGUGCUCGUGGUGGGCCUGUGCACGAGCCUUCCAUAUCCUGCUCUUCAAACGCUUGUGUCUACUGAUGCAGUUCUUCAGCGGCAGCCACUUGGCCCUGAUCUACCUCUACCAGCUGCCGUUCCUCCAGGGGCUACUUCCACCCAACAAUAUUUGGACGAGGUUAUUUGGUUUGACAGCGGUGAUUCACACCAACAUGUCGGAACCAUGGGCACUAAUGACCCACCAGGGUCUUCACUGGCCUGUGGUUCUAAACCCCAUCGUGCUCCUGAUUCUGUACUUCACCGUCGCUACUUUAACUCGACAACUGCUCCUCAGCGACGAGUCAGAGGCCGAACUUCCAAAGGUGGAAAUCAGCUCCAUAGAAGACGUAGCGGACAAUGCCCAUGCUGCAGCUACCUUGCAGAUGGUUGAAAAUGAGAGAAAAAAGCAGCCAAUGGUUUAUUCAGGAAGCGGCCACACGGUGCAGUUGGCUGUUCCCUUCUACAGACAGCAAGCGAACAAUAACUGUGUGCCGGUGCAGAGGUACAGCUCCCCAGAGUAUUCUCCGUGUUCCUCCGACUCUGGAUCUGAUGCCCUAGGUGAACUAGGAGGCCACUACAAGAUCUUUCCCCGUGCAAUUCAUGCUUGGUUGAUCUCUGGGCAUUGUUCAAUCUUUUGUCACUUUGAACAAUCGCUUUGCAGGAUUGAUCUGUUCUUCACUGGGCCUCGCAAGGAUCUCUCUGUAACCGGCUUCAGGCCGAUGUUGACCCCACUCUCCUUUUCUUCAGCAGAUGUGUUCCGAGUGAGUGAACGUGCAGAGGAUGAGACUGAGAAAGCAGCCGGCGGCAGCCUGUCGAUCGCUGCUCGCAUGGUGAUGCAGCAGAGUUACACCUGUGCACUCAUCUUCAUGAUGAUCUGGAGCAUCACUUACAAUAGCUGGCUGACUUUUGCCCUGCUGAUCUGGUCCUGUGUCAUCUGGAUGAUCCGAGAUCGCCAGCGAUGGACAAAGCUGAGCUCUCCUGUCCUGGUGGUCUAUGGCAAUUUGCUGGUGAGCCAGCAGUUCUUUGUGGGCUUGCAGCUCACUGAAGAUGAGCUAUUCCCUGGAGUGUCUGAUGCUGUCCUCAUCGACUUUGACCUGAGGAAGUCAAACACACCAUGUGUGCACCUGGCGGCCAAGAUCUUCUACACCUUCACCUUUUGGCUCCUGCUGCGGCAGCACUUGAUCGAGAGAAAGGAAAGGAGUAAACUGUCUCAGGGGUCGCUCAGUGAGGUCCGGGUUCAGGGAACAGCAGGUGCACAGAAGGAUGGGACACUGAUGACAAUGAUUGGCUGUGUUGUUAAGGGAUUAUUGAUAAAAUACUGGAUCUAUUUCUGCACAGCCAUGUUCUUCAUCGUUAGCUUCAAUGGUCGAGUCGUGGUCUACAAGAUUCUCUACAUCAAGCUGUUUCUUUUCUGCAUGGCUCUGUAUCAGAUACAUUACGACUGGUGGCGCCGGAUCCUGAGGUACUUCUGGAUCACUGUUGUGUCUUACUCAAUGGUGGUGCUCAUCGCUAUCUACAUGUACCAGUUCAAGACGGUCUCUUGGCUCUUUCAGCGGAUAAUGGGAAUGUCCCAGGACAGCUUGAAGGACCUGGGCUUGGAGCAGUAUAAUACUGCCGAACUGUUUGCCAAUAUCCUGCUGCCCUCAGUCUUCCUCCUGGCCUGUAUCCUCCAGCUUCAUUACUUCCAUGGCCAUUUCCUCCGCCUCACUGAUUUAAGCCAGAUCAACCUCAGACAAGAUAACAUCAUCUGCAGCAUUAAAGCUGAAGCUAUGAAGCUGACCAAAAGGUUGAAUGAUAAGCACCGUGAAAACAUUCGAAGCAGGAGUUCCACUUUGGACAAGCUCAGCUUUGACGACGAGAAGCCAAGUUUGGAGCUGGAGGACGAGCCGGAUAUGGAAGAUCCUAGUCCCUGGAGCAUGGUGAUAGACAGGCUGGCCGCACUGUUUGUGAGGUUCCUGGAGCUGAUGCAGCAAGCCCAGGUGUUGGUGUGGAGACUGCUGGAACUCCACAUCGUCAAGAUCGUCUCAUCCUUCAUUGUCUGGGUCGCACUAAGGGAGGUCUCGUUGUUGAACUACAUCUUCCUGCUGCUUUGGGUCUUUGCUCUGCCCUACUCCUCAUUCCGCCCCCUGGCAUCCAGCGUCUCGACCGUGUGGGCCUGUCUCAUGAUUAUCUGCAAGAUGAUGUACCAGCUGAAGGUUGUCAAGGUGUCCAAGUACUCGACAAACUGCACUCUGAAUGGAAGCCAAGAGAUGGAGCCCAUGUCCCCUCUGUAUGCUGGGCCCAUCGACCCUGCAUAUUGGUAUGGAGCGCUGAAGAAAUGUGAAGAUAAUGUCAUGCCCUGUCUAAAGAGCCACCUGAUCAUCUUGGGUUUGCUGGCGUUCGAAGUGACUAUUUAUCACCAUCAACGUUACUACAGGAUCCGCAAUGGUCUAAAGAUGCCUCUGUCAGGGACCUUGCUGAGCAACAUUACCCGGCCGCAUUUGGAUGAUGGGUUGUCCAGCUGCUCUAAAUAUUUCACCAACUACUUCUUCUACAAGUUUGGGCUGGAGGCCUGCUUCAUGAUGGCGAUCAACCUCGUUGGACAGCGGAUGGACUUGUACUCUGCGAUCCAUGCCCUGUGCCUGACUACCAUCCUGUGCCGGCGCCGGAGAAAGGCCAUCGCGGAGAUAUGGCCCAAGUAUUGCUGUUUCAUCGCCUGCAUCAUUUCAUUCCAGUACUCCCUGUGUGUCGGAAUUCCUCCGACUUUCUGCAAAGAUUAUCCUUGGAGGUCCAGCCUUGGACUGAGUUCCAAUCUCAUUAAGUGGCUGUAUCUGCCUGACUUCAUAAGAAAACCCAAUCCUAUGUUCCUCAUGUACGACUUCAUGUUGCUGUUGUGUGCAUCGAAGCAGUGGCAAGUGUUUGAGGAUGAGAACAAAGCAUCGGUGCGGCUGGUAGCAGGGGAGAACACUGAGAUCAGCCGCAGUCUGGAUGCGGCCACCUUCAGCCAGUACAUCCCCGUCAAUAACUUCCUGCAUUGCAGGUCUUACUUAGACAUGUUGAAAGUGGUUGUUUUCAGCUACUUGUUCUGGUUUGUACUGUGCCUCAUCUUCAUCACUGGGACCAGCAGGAUCAACAUCUUCUGCAUGGGUUACCUGGUGGCCUGUUUCUACUUCCUGCUCUCCGGAGGACAGCUGCUUCUCAAGCCCGUCAAGGUCAUAGUCAGCCACUGGGACUACCUGAUUGGCUACACUAUCCUGGUCAUCGUGAUGAAGAAUAUGUUCUCCAUCGGAUCGUGUGUCUACUUGAAGAGUUUGCUUGAGGGGAACUGCUGGGUGGUGCAGACGUUUGGCAUGGCGUGCACCAUCAAGGAAUAUGAUCUGCCAAAUGCAGACAACCUACAUGAAGCCUGUGAAGUCCCAAGCAAGCAAGCGGGCAUUAUCUGGGAUAGUGUCUGCUUCCUCUUCCUCCUGGCUCAGAGGAGAGUCUUUCUGAGUUACUACUUCCUGCACGUGGUCACAGAUCUGAAGGUUUCGAAAAUCCUGGCAGCAAGAGGAGCUGAACUAUUUGAAGCAAAAGUCAAAAAAGGAGUCACAAUGAGACUGGAGAGAGAAAAGCUAUCCAUGGAGAUGCUGAAGAAGCAGAUGGAAAGGAUCAGGGCUAAGCAGGAGAAGUACAAGCAAUCCAAAAUGCAAGUGGCAAAACCUGUCGGCAGCUCGUGCACAGUCAAUAACUUAAAGCCAGACAGUCAAGAACCAUGUGCAGAUAAUGUCAAAGCCAAAGUUGAAGGUGGCCAGAAGAAUUGGUGGCAACCCUGGACAACUCAUACCUCAAUGAUCCAUUGUGGGAGCUACUAUCUGUUCGACACUGACAGUGAGGAUGAGGCAGAGGAAAGUGAAAUUGGUAAAGAAGUUACACGGAAAUCAUCAGCGUUCCAGUUUGCUUACGUGGCCUUGGUCAAAGACUCAAAAAUAGCAGUGAAGGAAAGACACAGGGAGUUGAAGAGGGUGAGGAAGGCACAGAGGAAGAAGGAGAGGAUGCAACAAGACAUGAGCAGACUUGAUUCCAGUGAGGAUGAGUUGGAUCCCUCGAGUGGUCGAGAAACUCCCCAGGACCCAGAUAACUUCAUCAGGAGAGGUGUCAACAUCCUCACCUUCAGCUGGAUGUUUAUACAAGCAUUGGUCGAUGGGCUGAUCGAGCUACUUAAUACCAUCUCCAAAGACAACACUGACAUCUCCACUGUGUUGAGGAUAGAGAGGUCCAUUUUAAAAAGAGAAUUAAAACAGGUACUCAGUUUCAUUCAUGUUCUACUCCAACAGCAGGGACAUUUAAGAUUGUUGGCUAUGACUCCAGGAAAGAAUCCAGACCAGGACAGUAUCCAUUGUUUUUAUAAAGUCAAACUGAGAAGCCAAGCAUCGUGCAACGCUGACAGUGACUGGGCCUUUGCUAGGACAACUGAAGGAGAGAGGAUGACAAUGUCAGGCUUCCGAAAACUGGCCAGCGCUAAUUCAACAUUCUCCAAGGAAGGCAGUGUGUCAAGUUGUAGCACUGAAGUCACCAUGCUGGACUCCAGGCAGACCACCAUUGAUAAUGUAGACGAGCUUGACGAUUCCACUACCCCUGUGGUCCCAUGGCCCAGCAAUCGCAGUAGGUGGAGACUGCAGAAGAUGCCCCAUGUUGACAUGUCCAGCUCGUUGGACAGUGAACAUUUGAGAAUAGUUUGCCUGCCUCUCUCACGAAUUGAAACUCUCCUCCCUAGUGCACCGGGCCAGUCGGCAAUGCUACGCUCUGGCCAGGGGACCUCGGAGACCAUAGAGGAAGAGGCGGAUGAAGAUGCUGCCGACGUCACGGUAUCUCCGCGCCCCCACAAAGCUGCCGUCCCGCCGGGCUACGAUACAGUGGUCGGCAGCCCCCCCGACGAGGACCUGGGCGGAGAGCAUGAAGAGAGGAUAUCACUGAGAGACCAAGCAACUCUCGCCUACGACAGCCGUCUGCUGACAGCAAGUGAUCUGAUGCUCAACAAGAUGUUUCAUGACACUGAACUGGAAGAGUCGGACAAGUUCUACAGAAAUUUGCCUUGCCUUUUGAAGCUGCUGUUUGCCUUGUACAACACGGUGAUGUCUCAGUCGGACAUGUUGUGCUACUUCGUAAUGAUCCUCAACCACAUGGUCUCGGCCUCAUUGCUCACCUUGGUUCUACCCAUCCUCGUCUUCCUCUGGGCAAUGCUUUCCAUGCCAAGGCCAAAGAAACGGUUCUGGAUGUUUGCCAUCCUGUACACUGAGAUUACAGUGGUUGUGAAAUAUUGCUUUCAGUUUGGAUUCUUCCCUUGGACCAAGUCUUCCUAUCGAUUGCUCUACUUUGAUCGGCCUUUCUACUUGCCCAACAUCAUCGGCAUUGAGAAGAAGGAUGGAUAUGUACACUAUGACCUCAUCCAGUUGCUGGCUCUGUUCUUGCAUAGGUCAGUCCUCAAGGGUCACGGUCUGUGGGACUCGCACGAUGCGGUGAAGGAGCAGCGGCAAAGGAAGGGCCAAACGCCGGGAGAGGCGGAUGGAGAGAACGGCUGCGCGGAGACACUGCAGACAACGGGAUGCCCCGACGCGGCCAAGCCCGCGGGAAGGAGGGGGUCGUCCAGGCGAUCGUCAGGGCGGCUGAAACGGGGAGACAGACCAAAAGCUUCAAAGAGGUCAAAAAAGAAGAAAAGAACACGGGCAAGAUUAAGAGAAACCAUCAAGGAACAGAUCAGGGAAAAAGGGCAGAGAGUGAAAAGAUACAUUGUGGUGAAAGCUCUUCAGAUCUUCCUGCCUGUGAAGCAGUUCUUCCACGACAUCAUCCAUCCUGAGUAUAAUGCAGUGUGUGACGUCUAUGCACUAAUGUUCCUGAUCGAUGUCAUUAACUUCACCAUCAUCGUAUUUGGAUAUUGGGCAUUUGGAAAACACUCAGCCGCUGCCGAUAUCACGGAGUCCAUCUCGGAGGACCACGUGCCCCAUGUGUUCCUGGUGAUGGUGCUGGUUCAGUUUGCCAGCAUGGUGGUCGACCGUGCACUCUACCUCCGCAAGACCGUCCUGGGCAAGGUUGUCUUUCAGAUUGUUCUGGUGCUCGGGAUCCAUUUCUGGAUGUUCUUCCUUCUCCCUGGGAUGACAGAGAGAAGAUUUAACCAAAAUCAAAUCGCCCAGCUUUGGUAUUUUGUGAAGUGCGUUUACUUUGGUCUGUCAGCGUACCAAAUCAAAUGUGGCUAUCCGAACAGAGUACUGGGCAACUUCCUGACCAAGAGCUACAACUAUUUCAACCUCUUCCUCUUUCAGGGGUUUCGCAUGGUGCCCUUUCUGAUGGAGCUGAGAGCGGUGAUGGACUGGGUUUGGACGGACACCACACUCAGCAUCUCCAGCUGGAUAUGCGUGGAGGACAUUUAUGCCAAUAUUUUCAUCCUGAAAUGCUGGAAUGAGUCAGAGAAGAGGUACCCUCAGGCAGUCGGCCAGAAGAAGAACAUGUUGGUGAAGUACGGGAUGGGGGGUCUCAUCAUCACUUUGCUGAUCUGCAUCGUGUGGUUCCCGCUGCUCUUCAUGUCCCUGGUUAAAUCAGUGGGUGGAGUGACCAGCCAACCCCUGGAUGUCUCCAUCAAGAUCAGCAUCGGCGGAUACGAGCCUCUGUUCACGAUGAGCGCGCAGCACCAGAACCUCGAGCCGUUCUCCACCGCUGCCUAUAACCAUCUGACCAGUCAAUACAGCCUGUACCCGUCUGCUAUGCAGUUUUUAGUGAACUACAGGCCAGAAGACGUAAUAGUGGCUCACAUGAAGAGUGAUGCCAACCUGCUGUGGAACAUCAGUCCGGCCAGUCUCCGGGCCAUGAAGGAGGAAAUAAUCAACUCGUCACAGGUUCAUGUCCACCUGCAUUGGACCAUCCUGAGGAAUUCUUCUCUCUUGCUGAAUCCAGAGACGUUUGGCAAACACACUGUGCUCUGCACAGACAAGAAAGUCAGAAUGGAGUUGAUUCAGCUGUUGGAGGGAGUCCAUAAGAAGGUGGUUAUCGAGGGGUUAUUCCCAAAAUACAUUCGAGCGACACACGGGACUGAAGCCAAGCCAGCCUAUCGGCUGCGAUUAGGUAUGCGUGCUUCUAAAAAUGACCAGGAGAACCUCGCUUUCUACAGGAACAUCUCUUUGCAGUUGGAAGAAGAGCCAGGACAAAACGGCACGUCACGCAAGGGCAAGUGGUGGAACAUCAAGGAGUGGAGUCCUGACUGUGCAGGGCAGGGAUGCAGCAACAUGGAACUCAUCAUCUUCAACGAUAAAGUCAGCCCCACCAGUCUGGGAUUCCUGGCUGGAUAUGGUAUUGUUGGCCUGUACAUGUCUGUGGUGCUCGUCAUUGGGAAGUUUGUCCGUGAGUUCUUCAAUGGCAUCUCCCGCUCCAUUAUGUUUGAGGAACUGCCCAACCCUGAUCGAAUUUUGAAGCUGUGCACUGAUAUCUUCCUGGUCCGUGAGAUGGGGGAGUUAGAACUAGAAGAACAACUCUUUGCCAAACUCAUUUUCCUUUACCGAUCCCCCGAGACCAUGAUCAAGUGGACCAGGGAGAAAGAAGAGUGA